GUUUUGGCCACAAUUAUGGAAACAUUGCGCCUCGGAAAUGUUGCUGAGGUAGCUAUUCCACAUUACACUCUGAGCGAUACUACAUUGACCGGUUAUCGCGUUCCAAAGGAUACCGUUGUGAUGAUCAACCUAAUGGCCGUUCAUCUUGAUCCAAGCCUUUGGGAGAACCCAAACUCAUUCGACCCUCGUCGCCAUAUUGACUCUGAUGGCCAACUUAUUACCAACUCUGGCAGUUUUCUGCCCUUCUCAGCUGGACGCCGGGUUUGUGCUGGUGAGGCCUUGGCAAAGGUGGAGCUGUUCCUCUUCUUGUCCUGGAUGCUGCAUAGAUUUACAUUUCUGCCAUCAGAGGAUGGCAAUCUCCCGGAUCUAAAAGGAGAAAAUGGGUUCACUCGCUUUCCAGCUGCUUACAAAAUUAGGGUUGAAAAACGCCCGUAAUAGGAUUUCAAGGAUGAACUAUUGGUAUAAUACAUAUACGCUUUUCAAUGGUUUUGGCUAGACAAACAAUUAAUGGAAAAUAAACAAUGACAUUAGAGCCUAUGAUUUUUUCCUCGAUCUUGGUAUCUACACCUUUCGUGAAAAUAAGAAUUAUUUCAUUCAAUUCGGUAAUUACAUCUCAGUAGUGGUUUAUCUUGUUAGUGGAACUUGAUAUAAUGCAUGCUUUGAAAAUCGUAGAUAAAAAUAGCCUUUAAUGAUGUUUAAAUACAGAACCUGUUUCCUUGUUUCCUUACAUGGUAAAUUUAGAAAAAGGUUUUAAUUAAAAUAACACAGAGGUUUUUUCUUUUCUUUUUUUUUGCGAGUGAUGUGAUGCCAGGUUUCUUGUAUUUUUUUUUCAUUAUACUGGCUUUUACUUUCUGUACUUUCUGACCGGGAAAACAUUAACAAUACUUCUUGGUCCAGGUUUUGGUCGCUUGACCCAUAAUCCCUUUUCAGGUAGUGAAUUGCAACAUUAAAGCUGAAAAGAUUCAGUGCU